ACUACCUUCGCCCUCUUCUCCUCCUCUCUUUGUUUAUUCUCCGACUCCCCCCUAAUCUAGUUCCCAUUCCUCAACGAUCAGCGUGUCGAUCCCUCGUCGCCCAAAGGGAGGAACAAGAGGGGAUCGGCCUUCUCCUACUCGAUCGGCAUUUGUAGAAUCGAGGAGGUGGAGGAGGUUUUGACAGCAGAAUCACUUCGGUGAGGUAGAUAUCGGAGUGUGGCGAUCGGGAGAGAGGACGGAAGAAGAGAGAAAGAUGGGGCGGCUUUUCCUGAUUAGCCUCGAGGGCAAGAUCUACAGCUGCAAGCAUUGCCAAGCUCACCUUGCCCUCUCCCACGACAUCGUCUCAAAGUCCUUCCAUUGCAGGCAUGGGAAGGCUUAUCUCUUCGAUAAGAUUGUGAAUGUGACAGCUGGAAGUAAAGAGGAACGAAUGAUGCUAACUGGGCUGCACACAGUAUCUGAUAUUUUCUGCGUUGGUUGUGGCUCUAAUAUUGGAUGGAAAUAUGUGUCUGCUCAUGAAAAGAACCAGAAGUACAAGGAAGGGAAGUUUGUUCUUGAAAGAUUUAAAUUGGCAGGCCCCGAUGGCGACCGGUACUGGAUAACACAUGAUACCCACCUGGGUGGGAGCGAUGAUGAUGAUUCCUGAUUAAUGCAAAAACUCUUCUGAACGUGAAUUCUAGCAAUCAAACUCUUCCCUUAUGUGAAUUCUAGCAACCUCAAUUAUGUUGAACUAGUUCUUCAUAUUAUAGAUUGCCAUGGUUGGUCGUGUGCUUUGUACUUUUCAUGUUUACAAUGUUUGAAUUCUGACUGAAUGGGCUGAAGGCGGCCUGCGCGGUCGUUCACUGACCACCACCGCUGACCUGAUCUUAUGCCAAACGCUACGUGCAUUGCUUGUUA